GAUGAAAGGUGUCAACUUUUGACAAUAAGGCUAAAUCAUUGAAAAUAAGGAAUUUUCAUCAAACCUUAUCACUUUGCACGACCAUUAUUCUGAAAAAUAGAGAGAAAAGAAAACCAAAAACCAUUUCUUGGCUGGUUUGAAGAAAUUCUAAGGAGAUCCAAGUGAAAGCAAAGCCAAAGAAGUAGAUUAAGCUUAGUUCUAGCCUUUUUAUGAUAUUUCUUGGGGUUUCCAAGUGGUUUGAGGUUUAGAAAAGCUUGAAGAGAUUGUUUUCGCCGAAAAGUUGCUCGGAUAAGCACAUCAAUACCUAAGACAUCACUUGUUACACGGUGAAAUAUAUUGUGGACAAAAGGUAGAGAAAGAAAUAUGUGAAUGAUAAGAGGAGAACUGAAGCAUGGUCCUGACCCUGAUUUGUACAUAUGAACACAUCGACCUUUUUGUGGGUUAUUUCAGUUAUCAGUGAGAUGUUUGUAAUAAAGUGUGAAGUUAUGUUUUGAAAAUAAAUUGGGUUAUUUAAUACUUAUGUAUAAUAUGUUUGAGACACACUUUAUGUUUAAUGUAAAUAAUGUGAAAUAAGUUUUCAAGUUUAAAAAAAAUAUAUAUAUGUCCAGACUUCCGCAGAAAUAAAUUAUGAUAUAGUUUUAAAACGUAACACCUCAAAUAUGGUUUUUAACUAAAAUAAGUGAGGGUGUUACAAGUUGGUAUCAGAGCGCCAUGGUUAAAAUGUUCUUGUAGACCGUUCAUAUGUACACAUUGAGGAAAGGAUAAUGCUCAGUUCAUCUGUAAGUUUUAUGUGUGCAUUUAUUAUGUGCUGGUUGCAUGCAUCAUGUGCUUUAUUGGCUAAAUGACAUAAGUUAUGGACAUUUUGUCUUAAAAGAUAUAUAAUAACACAGAUGGAUCAUGAACAUGGAAUGGGGGCUACUGAAGGCUCUUGCGGCAAUAAAUAUGAACAAGAAAUGGCUCAACUUCGAGCGAUGGUGAAUAGACAGGCUGAACAAAUUGAGAAGUUGUUAGCAGAACAACGACAAAGGCAAGCACCAACACCACCUACUGAAACUCCAACACCUCCACAAGCUCCACCUCCACAAGCUCCACCUGCAGUGCACCCCAUGGAACCAUUAUAUGAACGGUUCCGAAAACAACGCCCACCAGUAUUUGAAGGUAGCACUGACCCACUUGUCGCACAAGACUGGAAGAGUUCUUUAGAAGACAUCUUUGAGUUCAUGCAACUAAGUGACAAGGAAAAAGUUUCUUGUGCUGCACAUACACUUAAAAAGGAUGCUAAGAUCUGGUGGGAAGUGGUUAAGCAGACUAGAGAAGUGAAUCAGAUGACUUGGGCAGAAUUUGAACUGGUCUUCAAUGAGAAGUUUUAUAAUGAAGCUGUGUUGACUGCCAAAGUAAGUGAGUUCACUAGAUUGCAACAGGGGAAUCUAUCAGUGGCUGAGUACGCCAGGAUAUUUGACCGGUUAGCCAAGUUUGCACCAGACUUGGUUAACACUGAAACUAGUAGAGUGAAUCGUUUCCUGGAGGGUCUACAACCAGAAUUGGCUAGAGAUGUAGAUAUGGGACGUACAGGGCCUCUUUCUUAUGCUCAGGCUGUGGAGAAAGCUUUGAGAGCUGAACACAGAGAAGAAAAAAUAACAAAAGCUAAAGCUGCUACUAGCAUGCCUCGUAGAGACACUCCAUUCAACAAAGAACAAAGCCGCUUUCACAAUGACAACAAAAGAGGGGCCCAGAAUUUCCAAUUUAGACAAGGACAGAAUAAGAAAUUUAAAGGAGGUCAGCAAAACAGGCAACCUGGAUUCCAACAAAUGCCACGAUGUCAAACUUGUGGAAAGAAUCAUUUCGGGGAGUGCAGGCUUCUAACUAAGAGCUGCUUCAAAUGUGGCAAGGGGGAUCAUUUUAUCAAAGAUUGUCCAUUGAUGAAGAACCAACAAAUGAAGGAUGAACCUCAGAGGACAAAUGCUAGGGUGUUCACGAUUACUCAGGCUGAUGCUGAUACCAACAACUCUGUUGUGUUAGGUGAUAUUUUUGCAUCUGGUAUUCUCACUCAUGCAUUAAUAGAUUCAGGUGCCAUGCAUUCAUUUGCAUCAUUGACAUAUGUAAAAAGGUUGGGUAGAUCGUGUGAAAAAUUGUCAGAAGUUUUUAGUACAAUGUUACCAUCUGGAGAGAUUCUGUAUUCUACUCAUUGGUUGAGGGGGGUUCCUAUUUGCAUUGAUGGUAGGGAAUUAUAUGCUGAUCUAAUAAUGUUAGAGAUGGCCGAUUAUGAGGUGAUUUUGGGUAUGGAUUGGCUUUCAAAGUAUAAUGCCACUAUUGAUUGUAGAAGGAAAACAGUGAUAUUUAAGCCUUCAGAGGAAGAUGAGUUUAUGUUUACUGGAGCGACAUCAAAAAGUUGCAUUCCAUUAAUUUCUGCUAUGAAGGCCAGGCGACUGUUGGAAAGUGGAUGUGUGGGUUAUCUCGCCAGUGUGGUUGACACGUAUAAGGAGCAAAAGUUAAAACCGGAAGAUGUACCGGUAGUUAGAGAUUUCUUAGAAGUAUUUCCAGAAGAUUUACCGGGAUUGCCUCCAGACAGAGAAAUUGAAUUUGUGAUUGAGCUACUUCCUGGUACAGCCCCUGUGUCCAAGGCACCUUAUAGAAUGGCACCAGCAGAACUAAAGGAAUUAAAGAUACAGUUGCAAGAACUCCUGGAUAAAAAGUUUAUCAGGCCUAGUUUUUCACCAUGGGGAGCUCCGGUGCUAUUUGUGAAGAAAAAGGAUGGGACGAUGCGAAUGUGUAUUGAUUAUAGAGAAUUGAACAAGUUGACAAUCAAGAAUAAGUAUCCACUUCCUAGAAUUGAUGAUCUUUUUGAUCAAUUACAAGGAAGAGGAGUGUUUUCAAAGAUUGAUUUGAGAUCUGGGUAUCAUCAAUUAAAGAUUAGAGAAGAGGAUGUACCAAAGACCGCAUUUCGAACUCGGUAUGGCCAUUAUGAGUUCCUUGUGAUGCCAUUUGGAUUAACUAAUGCUCCAGCUGCAUUCAUGGACUUGAUGAACAGGGUGUUUAAGGACUACCUUGAUAAGUUUGUAAUAGUGUUUAUUGAUGAUAUCUUGGUGUAUUCUCGAUCCCAAGAAGAACAUGAGGAACAUUUGAGGUUGACGUUGGAGAAAUUAAAAGAAAAAAAACUCUAUGCCAAAUUUAAGAAAUGUGAAUUUUGGCUAGAGAAGGUGGCAUUUUUGGGCCAUAUAGUCUCAAAAGAUGGUAUUGCGGUGGAUCCAUCAAAGAUUGGAGCUGUUAGUAAGUGGAAUAGACCAACAAAUGUUUCAGAAGUAAGGAGUUUUCUGGGAUUAGCAGGCUAUUACCGAAGAUUUGUUGAAGGAUUUUCCAAGAUAGCAAUGCCAUUGACACAACUCACGAGGAAGAAUCAUAAGUUUGAAUGGACUGAAGCUUGUGAGAAAAGAUUUCAAGAUUUGAAGCAAAGAUUGGUUUCUGCUCCAGUACUUACUAUUCCAUCUGGAUCAGGAGGACUUGUGAUUUAUAGUGACGCUUCAAAGCAAGCAAAUGUAGUUGCAGACGCACUGAGUAGAAAGUCUCAUGGUAAUGUGUCAUUUUUGAGGAAACUGACAAGACCACUUCAGGAGGACAUGUGCAGAGCGGAGAUUGAGGUGAUCACAGGAAGAUUAUCAGUGAUGACUAUUCAGUCUACCUUGUUAGAGAGAAUCAAACAAGGUCAAUGUGAGGAUCCUUACUUGGUGGAGCAAAAAGGUGAAUUGGAAAGUGGGAAGGUCAAUGAGUUUAGUGUGUCAUGUAAUGGGAUGCUAAAGUUCAAGGAAAGAAAACCUGCUGGUUUACUACAACCAAUACGGAUACCAGAGUGGAAAUGGGAAGAGAUUACUAUGGAUUUUGUAGUUGGAUUGCCAAAGACUUCUAAACAACAUGAUGCUAUCUGGGUUAUAGUAGACCGAUAUACCAAAUCAGCACACUUUCUUCCGGUACGCAUGACUUAUACUAUGGAUCAGUGGGCUGAAUUAUAUGUUCAAGAGGUUGUUAGACUUCAUGGAGUGCCAGUAUCUAUAAUUUCAAACCGGGAUGCUCGAUUUACUUCAUUGUUUUGGGAAAGUUUGCAGAGAGCAUUGGGCACAAAAUUGAAGUUUACUACGCUUUCAUGCAACGAUUGGUGUAGCACCGUAUGA